UGAAACAGGAAGUAAAUAAACUCCCUUCCCGCGCAGUUAAAUCAGUAGUGGGCUUCGCUAAAACAAAACGUCUCAAAAUGGACGAGCUGUAUUUGGACAACAUUGACGAAUUUGUCAACGAUCACGACAAAAUUGUGACCUAUAAAUGGCUCAGUCUCACUCUUGGAGUUCAUGUCAACACAGCUAAACAGAUGCUCUUCCAUUACCUUGAUCACAAGAGGAAGGAAAGUUCGGCUCAGCUCCACGCCACAUAUCUCGUGUCGGGGAAGUUUGUGGACAACGGUCACACCAGUCACAAGGUGUCAGUCGUCAGAGAGGAGCAGUUGGAAGAUUACAAAGCCAAGAUGAGCCCGAUUGUGAGCGUCCAUGUCUACAGUGUCCAGAAAGCUUUAUUGAAAGACAGCGGUCCCCUCUACAGCGUUGACUAUGAUGCCGUGAAAGACAAUCUCAAAGACUGCCACAAAUACAGCGCCAUCCGCUGUGCCGGUGCGGUUCCCAUGUCUUCUCUGGAGCUGCAGCAGACGAGGGAAAAGCAGCGUCCUCCUACACCAGAGCCCGAAAGCAAAAAACCCAUGAACGGCAUGAACGGACAUUGUGGUCUGGCUUCAAAACCGCCGGCCAAGCCGCAAAAAGGCAUCAUGGGAAUGUUUGGAAAUAAGCCUGCGCCGAAGAAUCAGGAAAGCAGCAAAGAGAUAAAGUCUGAACAGAAAGAAGACCCACCUGUGGCUGAUGAUUCCAAAAGCAAACCAGCUCCAAAGGCCAAUCACAUGAUGAACUUCUUUGGGAGUCAAACAGCAAAGAAACCAGAGAAAAAAAGCGCAAAGGUGGAGGAAGCAGCCGAGACGUCGGUGUCGUCGUCGGCGUCAGCGUCCACAGCGGAGCAGCAACGGCCGAGUUCACGAGCCGAGGAGAAACAAGAAGCUGCUGCAGUGGAGCCACAGAAGGACACUAAGAAAGACUCCAGGAGCAAAACGAAGCGGAUAAAAGAUUCUGACAGCGAGGAGGAGAAAAUGGAGAAGAAAAAGCGGCGAAGGAUUAAGAAACCUGUAUCAGACAGCAGUGACGAAGACGUCAUUCCAGAUUCUCCACAGCCCAUGGAAACAAAAGAAAAAUCACCAAGUCCUAAAAAGGAGGUCGAGUCUGUCUCACGUCCACAUGAGGGAAACUCUAACACUAAGAUAAGGAAGAGGAGACGAGUCCUGAAGUCUCGUACGUUUGUGGAUGAUGAAGGAUGCAUCGUCACUGAAAAAGGCUACGAGAGCGAAUCUUACUCUGAAUCAGAGGACGAUUUCAAACCCUCCAAACAAGCACCCGUCAGAGCGAAGCUGCCGUCGAGGAGCAAAGACGACGAGAAGAAAAGUCAGAAGAAAACGUCGGCGAACGCAAAUAAAGGAAGUAAACAAGCUUCUAUUAUGGGAUUUUUCCAAAAGAAGUAAAUGUGGGAUGAUGACUCUUCUACAGGCACUGAUGUAAACUUCGACUGACUCACGUGGACAAUUCCAGGACAUCAAAGCACUUCUGUUAAAGACUCGAGAGUAUUUUCUCAUUUUACUGUAUUUUACCAUUUCCUCGCUGUGAACACAUGUCUAUUCAAUAAAGAUUAAAACUUUGAACCUAAA